GUGCCGCUCCCGCCCGUGCCGCUCCCGCCCGUGCCGCUCCCGCCCGUGCCGCCGUCACCAUGAUCUCCCUGUCCGACACGCAGAAGAUUGGAAUGGGACUAACAGGCUUUGGAGUGUUUUUCCUCUUCUUUGGAAUGAUACUCUUCUUUGACAAAGCUCUUUUGGCUAUUGGAAAUGUUUUAUUUGUGGCUGGCUUGUCUUUUGUUAUCGGUUUAGAAAGAACAUUCAGAUUCUUCUUUCAAAAACACAAAAUGAAAGCAACAGGCUUCUUCCUGGGUGGUGUGCUCAUAGUUCUCAUUGGCUGGCCUUUAGUAGGAAUGAUCCUGGAAAUUUAUGGGUUCUUCCUAUUGUUCAGGGGGUUCUUUCCUGUGGUGGUUGGCUUUAUUAGAAGAGUUCCAGUUCUUGGGUAUCUCUUGAAUUUACCUGGUAUAAGCUCGCUUGUAGAUAAAGUUGGAGAAAGCAACAACAUGGUAUAAUGACGAGAGGGUGGAAGACUGAUCUAAACUUUUACUGUAUUAUUUAUAAAAUCCCUUUGAAGAAUACUCAGCACAAAGGUUAAGUUGUGUACAAAGGAAAAAGCUUGUUACAUUCUUUACAUAACAGUUUAAUUUAAAAUGUAUAGUCAACAGUAUACAUUAGAAAAGAAGCUCAGCAAGUGUGCUUCUAGAAAAGUAACUCCAGAGUUCAAGAAGUAAACUGAAGAGGGGAAAGUCAUGGAAUAACCCCUGUUACAACUGUUCAAGACUAUUUUUGUUGGUUUUGGAAAACAUGCUAGAGGCAAUGAACCCUUGUGGAAUUAACGGUGCCUGUUCUUUACCUCCUUAUUUUGAAGGUGCAGUGGAGCAAACAGGCCUACAUUUUUAAGGGUGACCCAAACUUACCCAACCCUCUGCUUGCUAUCCUCAGAGUGCAAAAAAAUCAAACAGGAAACUUCUUGUGUAACAAGAGAUGCAUCUUUGCAUGAAGGUUAAGAUGACUAUUCAUCUAUAAGUGUAUUAUGACAAUAAAAAGGAAACCCUACACAGUUCUGUUGUAAACAUUUUUGUAAAUAUGUGGCUGAAAUACAGCAUUGUUAUCUUAAUGUUUCAAAGCCAAAUGGUAGUUGAUU